GCGGAAAAGGCUUUGAAUAAUUUCAGUAAAUGAAUCAGCAAUAGGUAUGAUCGCCUCGAAAACUGAAUCAAGCGCCAGUAGUAGUGAAACUUCCCCUGAAGAUGCAACACAACAAAUUAGCCACAAUGAUAAAAUCGAGGAAGACGCAUUACUAUCCCGGCUAAAGUCCUCCGAGCUUUUAAAGCAUUUACUUAGUGGUACCGUUAGAAAAUUGGAGCAACCGUCCGUUUUAAAUGAAGAGUGCAAUGAAUCACCACCCCCAUACGAUACGAAAAUUUCAGUGAGUCAGUGCAAGAAAGCCAAUUUUUUGCGGGAAAAAUCGCAGACGGUGACUCAAGUUUCUCUUAAAUAUAAAACAAAAAUCGAAGUUAAUAACUUUAGUGCAAGCGAUGAUUAUUCAACGGUAAAGACAAAUUCGCGGGUAGUUUCUAGUGUUUCUAGUGAUAAAAAUGUUACUAUGUAUGAAAAAUGUGACGAUAAAGACAGUGAGUUUUCUUCAGCCAGAUGCCACCUGCCUACUAACGAAGUACAAAACGAUGAUUUACCAAUUUUUCCGAAGGAAAUUUUGGAAAAUGAAACCAUGGACUAUAUUCUUGCGGAAGCUCAGCGAUCGCUCAACAUACAGUCACCCCCUUCUAGUCACAUCUCCCAAGAAAGCGAUUCUAGCGAAAACAUACCCGGCCCUUCGUCCUCCUAUCAUUAUCGCACACCAUCCCCAAAGACAACCAGUUCCUAUUCACCCACGUUAUCGGUACCAUCGCGAAGCGUUUCCGCGAUACCGGGCGAAUUAAAAAACAGCAGCGACAACGAGAGCCUAAUUGGAAAUUUAAACAGUUCCGAGGAUGACAGCAGUGACGGUGACAUCGAUAACGCAAUGGUCCUGGUGCCCUCUGAUCCAUUGGAAUGGACAGCAGAUCAUAUCAAAUCCUGGUUAACAUGGGCAACAAAGAAGUUUGGCUUGAACCCCAUUCCCGAAACGGCAAAGCUUCCAGAAUCAGGCAGCGCCCUUUGCGAGAUGAGCCGAGCCGAGUUCGAAACGUUCGCCGGAACACCAAGAGCCGGUGCCCUACUAGCGAAACAUAUUGCGCACCUGCGGCACAGCGUCACCGGAAGAGCAAGCAGUCCAUUGAAUAUUGACGCAAAAAUUUCAGACGAUGAAGAUAAAGAUCCUUACCAAUUACUGAACGCUGCUUCGAGUCGAUUGGUCGCACAGGGCUCCGGACAGAUCCAACUGUGGCAAUUCCUCCUAGAACUGCUCGGCGAUUCGGCGAAUUCGGCUUGUAUAACGUGGGAAGGCACCAAUGGUGAAUUUAAACUGACUGAUCCUGAUGAAGUAGCGCGAAGAUGGGGAGAAAGGAAAUCUAAACCGAAUAUGAAUUACGAUAAACUUAGUAGAGCACUUAGAUAUUACUACGACAAGAACAUCAUGUCGAAAGUCCACGGAAAACGAUACGCCUACAAAUUCGAUUUUCACGGCCUGAUGGCAGCCUGCCAAGCACAAGCCCAAGGUCAGGGAGAGAUGGUAACGGGCUACCACAAGUAUCAACCGCACCAAAGCGAGCUCGGCGCAGCUUUAUAUCCGGCGGGACCCGGGGGCACACCAAAAAUUCCCAGUAUACUACCACCCACAACCCAGCACUCCCAAACGGGAUUAUUUCCACCCCCUGCCUACUGGCCAUACUCGCCCACCUCUUUCGAUCCACGAGGACCACCAUUUAACUAAAUUUGUUUCCUUUCCCAAGAUAUAUUUAGUUUUACCUACCUCAUCAAUUUGUGAAGCCGAUUGUGGCGAGAAAAUGUAAAUGUUGUUUAAACUAGCGAUUAAGUUUUGUAUAUGUAGGUAAUUUUAAUAGUUCCUUGUACGAUGUAAAUGGCAACUUUACAUUAAAGUAGUAUGUACCUAUACCUAUUUACUACGAUGAUGUGUUGGUUUUAGGUAUUUUUAAUGUUAUAUAUGUUUGUUAAA